AAUGGCAGCAUCAAGCAACGGCGCCAACUAUGUGAAAUGUCAAAUUUACUUUUAGGUAAAUAUUGAAUAAGAAAUAAACUGUAUAAAAGCAAUAAUACUCAAGAAUACAUUAUUAAAUAAGUGUACCGGUGUUUUUAACGUAUAAUGCAAAUGAAUAGGAUUUAUUUAGAAAAGAUUGCAGAAGAAGCAUUCGAAUAUAACUAAUUUAGGAAGCUACUCUUCGAAAUGAGCGCAAUUAAGUACGAUCUAGAUACCUCUGGGGGCCUCAUGGAUCAAAUUCAGGCGUUGAUAGCACCUCCUCGAAACGAGGAUGGUAAUGAGAAAAACAAAAAGCCUGAGCAUCCUUAUUACAAGAGACCCGGGAAGGGACACAAUCAUGACACUUGCGAUGCUUGCGGAGAAGGCGGUGACUUAAUCUGUUGUGAUAAAUGCCCGUAUAGUUUCCAUUUCGGAUGUCAUGAUCCUCCGCUCGAAGAGAAAGACAUUCCCAGAGGUGAAUGGUUGUGCCAAUCCUGUAGAUAUGCCAAAAAGAAAGAAGUAACUACCCCGUUAGUAUUACGCAGCAAACGAUCGAACAGCACACCGCCCAGCACGUCUCUCAUAAAAGAACCUAAAAAGCCGAAACUGAGCCCUAUGGAUGUCCUUAUCGAAGUCGCCAGUGCCAUGAAUCCCAAGCAGUUCGAGUUGCCGAGAAGUAUGAGCGUACCAUGCGUGUUCCCUGGGAUAGACAAAGAAAUACCUUACUCUAAAAUAGGGCGAAAAGCGAAGGCGUCGGCUCAUGAAAAGGGCACCGGUGGAAUCGUGCCUCUUCCUGCCAAGAAAUGCAGAGAAUGUAGAAAGUCUUGCAGAGUAGCCCCACUGAUCGCUUGCGAUUUCUGCGAAAGUUUUUACCACUUAGACUGCUUGGAUCCACCCUUAACGAAUCCACCUUCAGGAAUGUGGAUGUGUCCGCUUCACGUUGAACAUUGUUUAGACUCCAAUCUGCUGACUUCGGUGUCCGCUACUGAACGGGUGAAAUUGUGGGACAAAUUCGGGGGGCCCGUCGAUCAAGAUGCGGUUAAACUGCAAUUUUUCCGUAAGGUGCACAGGAAAAAUCCGCCGUUUAGAAUAAAAACGGCCUUACCGCCGAGGAAUACAGUCAUAGUACCCGAUAUGGUCAAGUACCACUACAAAAAACCCGUUAAUUUAUUGCCGAGUUUGAGGGACGUCUUGCGAUUGGAAUACGUUGAAAAUCGGAAGAAGAAUUUAGGAAAAAUCGAUGAAACUGUAUUUAAAAUGGAAGAGACCGAAAUCAACGAAGAUAGCGUUAAAGUAGAGCUAAAUCAUGACAUAAAUCUAGAUGAAUCGAAUUGUGAUAUUAAAAAUAAAAAUAGCGAAGAAACUAAUUUCGAUGGUGUCACUGAUAAUAUCACGGAUUGGACGGCUGUGAAUGGUUACGUAAAAAACGAAAAUCUAAACGGAGGAUUCUUCGAAAAGGAACUGAUUAAGAAAGAGCAAAAUUUCAUCAGCGAUAUGAUUUCAGGAUUAACUACAGAAAUUGAGCUCGAACUAAAGCAGCUGGACGACAGACUGAUCAGAUUAUUGGCCUACCAACGUAUCCAACAGUUGCUCAGCGCGCCAUCGUCUGCAAAUAAUCUCUUCUCGCCGGCCGCACGCGAAAAAUUAAGGCACAUGCCGCUGCCGAGCGAGCUGCUGACGCCGGCCGACAUCGACAGGAUAUCGCGGGUGUUUAACAGUCCCAAGAAGAAGACGAAAUCCAAUCCGGUGAUAAGGGCCAGAGCCAUGAUGUGUCCAGUGGUAUCCAAACAUUUCUAUAAUGUGCGUACUACCGAGGUUGAUCCGACUGAAGUGAGACAUGACGCGAGUUUUAUGGGAUUCCGGCCGACGGUGUCGCUACGUUUCCCCGAAGCCGUAGCCAUGAGGUAUAGAGUAUUAAACAUUGGUAAAGGCUCAUCGAAUGAUGUUAAUUUAGAAAAGUUUGGUUUUUGCAAUAACAUCAUAUCCAAACACGCCGUUAUAUUCUACGAUGAGUACACUAAGCAUUACGAAUUAAUAAAUUAUUCACCCUAUGGGACAUACGUAAAUAAUGUACUUUAUUCGAACAUAAUAUUCACGAAGCGUCCGGAUUACAACAUUUCCACUGAGGAAAAAAGUGCCAAUAUCGAAGUGCAGGUUAGAGAAAUCAUCGACAAAAAAAGGAAAGUUAUUAAACCACGAAAACCGUCGUUGGAAACGAAAAUGUCCGCUGUCGAUUGCGUGGAAAGAUUAGAAUGCUGCUGUAUUAAUAAUUCGGAAGAACUGAAAAAGGGCUGGGAAGGUUCAGCCAUUUUAAAGCACGGUUCGUUGUUGAGAUUUGGAUGCGUAUCUUUUGUGUUUUCGAUAGUUGAAAGUACAAAUUAAUUAAAUUGUAAAUAUAUUUUUUUUAAAUUAAUUGUAAAGUAACAUUUAAG